AAAAUUAUCUCAAUCUUAAUUUCAGAAACGAGGAUACCAAUUCCUUCUUAAAAUCAGAACCAUGGUGAUGGUGCUGCUCACCCCCAAGCUGAGGUUCUCACAUCUUCCUACCCAUUUUCACUUUACCAAGCUUCGGUUUUGCUCUUCUUCUUCUUCUUCUUCUUCCCAAUUUUCUCCUUGGUCUGGUCUCCAAAGCUGGAGAGAGAGCCCACUGAACGAGGACCGGUUUUGGGGAACCAGUGGCCCUCAACCUCUGUCCAACACUGAAGUCCCCAACACGCCGGCCGCCCUUGAAGCUUCUGGUUCCUCUCUUGCAGAGCUUGGUUCUCUGGUUCUCUCUACCAGUGACCCCCUUACUAAAUCCAAGCUCUCUCAUUUGGCUUUCUCCAGGUGGCGCAAUGAGGGUCUGCCCAUUGGGCUCUGCCAGCCUCCUUCUCGACCUGCUCGCCCAACUAACCCUCAAUUGGUUUCUCCAAAGGAGAUUCCAGACCCUAAAAACUCUGGCCUGCCUCUUAAUGCUUAUCUGCUUCACAACCUGGCUCAUGUGGAGUUAAAUGCAAUUGAUUUGGCAUGGGAUACUGUUGUACGAUUUUCACCCUUCUAUCAUAUUCUUGGGGACAAAUUCUUUGCUGACUUUGCUCAUGUUGCUGAUGAUGAAAGCCGUCAUUUUGCUUGGUGUUCACAAAGGCUUGCUGAGAUUGGUUUCAAUUAUGGAGAUAUUCCUGCUCAUAACUUACUUUGGAGAGAAUGUGAGAAAUCAUCAGAUAAUGUUGCUGCACGUAUGGCUGCCAUCCCAUUAGUACAGGAGGCUAGGGGUCUUGAUGCUGGCCCACGCCUGGUCAAAAAAAUGGUCGGCUUUGGGGAUCACAGGACAUCUACCAUUGUCGCUAGGAUUGCUGAAGAGGAAAUUGCACAUGUAGCUGUUGGCGUAUACUGGUUUAUGUUCAUCUGUCAUAAAAUGAAUCGUGCUCCAUGCUCCACAUUUAAAGGUUUAGUAGCAUUUUAUCACUUCAAGACAGGUUUUGUGUUCAAAUUCAAUUCCAUUCAGGCUUUGCAAUAUCUUAGUAUUUCUUUGAGAAACCGUGCAGAGUUAUUACAAGAGUAUAAUUUGGAGUUGAAAGGGCCAUUUAAUUACUCAGCUCGAGAUGAAGCUGGUAUUCCACGAGAAUGGUAUGACUCAUUGUCUACAAAUAAACAAGAGCGUGAAGGGAAUUGGAAGAGUAGUCAGCAGCUUUCUGAGGUUUAUGAUAGGCUUGCUUGUAUUAUCUCCAUGGAGAGUGAGAAUUCAAGUUUAAAUAGACCACCUGAAUGACUUAUUUAAAUAGCCACUGUUAAGAUUCCUGCAUAAAUCUAAAUUCUGGAAUUUGAUGUCCAGUUUUUCAUGUAACAAAACUUGGGCAAGAUGGCAAGGGUCAGGCACAAAAUUUAAACUACUUUGUACAUCAACGCAAAAGCUGUAUCAAACUUAGGUUUUGCUUAGUAUGAAGGAUGGAAAGAAGUGAUGAUGGAAAAUUUGUUAA